UAGGUACGAGCCUACCGAUAGACCGUGACGUCACUCACGUAUGCGCACAAAAAAGGUCGAGGUCCGACCGGUGGGACUUAUCCUUUGUACGAUCUCUUUAUGUUGCUGGGCCAGAAUUAUUACCGGUUAUAAACAUAUUAAUUGUAUCACGAACUUCAUAUUCGUGGACGCACAACAGGUAAAGAUGGGUUUGCAGGACGUCGUGUAUACGGCUGUCACCGCACCGUUUAACGUAAUUUACAAAACGAGUGUAGGAACCGCCUCGUACGCUUGGGGUGCGGCUUCAUCGGCGACGGACUACCUAGGAUUACACCCCAAAGUGGUCGAGCCAAAAAUGGUACCACCUGAAUUAUAUAAAUUAGCCGCUGCCAGUGGCCCUUAUAUAAGACUAGCAGCUAUUAGUGGUGCUGCAGCGGUGAUUCUUGGUGCUGUUGGAUCUCACAAUGAAUCUGCUUUUCCAUUGCCAGGACAUUAUUCCAAUGAUGAAGUGGGAAGGGAGCAGCGUCGAAUCUUUGAGACAGCAAAUAGAUAUCACUUUAUACAUACUUUAGCUUUGUUAGGAUUACCAAUGUGCAAAUAUUCAUCUGUGGCUGCUACAUUUAUGCUCUCUGGAAUAUUACUAUUUUGUGGUAGUUGCUAUUACACUGCAUUUACUGGUGACCGACGAUUCAGUUCAACAACACCAUUUGGAGGAUUCUGUUUUAUAUUAGGAUGGUGCAGUAUAUUUUUUUAAAUAUUGUAAAAAUAAGUUCCAAGGGAAUAAGAAAAACAAAAAUCGAACAGAUGCAACAAAAAAGUUACAUAUGAAUGGAUACAAUAUUUGUUAAUUUAAGAAUAAUAAGA